CGACCUCGGACGAGAAUUAGCCAGGACAAGGCCGAGCGUGUACCCGCCUCAAGGAGUUCGCUCCAAUCAACGGCGGCGCUCUCUCGAGAAUCACGGUGAAACCAGUCAAGAAGACCGUGUUUCUUUUGAGUUUACAGGAUCGCUUGGGAGUAUAAUAAUUCGUCACACCACACACGUUGGAAUUUUUGACGGACAAUAAAAAUGUGUUUGCCAUAUUGUGAUCAUAACCUUCCAGCCACUUCGGACAGAGCGGACGGGGCGAAACGGUCGUGACAAUUUAGUACAGUCCGGACAGUAAAGUGACAAACCCGGAACCAGAAAAAAAGGACUGAAACAUGAAAUUCAGGAAAGCUGUUUGGAUUGUUUUAGUUCUCCUCUUUUGUCUUCACGAAACGUCGUGUGCGAGGCGCAACAAGAAGAAGAGGAAACAUCGCGAAAAUCUUCCGAAUGUUUCGAGUUACUUGAUGAAAUAUGGCUACGUAGCACAAGGCCCCAAUGGUGCACCAAGCAACCCGGCUGAUAUACCGAGGGCGUUGAGAACACUUCAGACCUUCGCUGGUAUCGAAGUAACUGGUUACCUGGACGACAGGACAAUCGAGCUUCUUAAGCAGCCUCGUUGUGGAAAUGAUGACAUCACUGGUUCGGCUAAUAUGCAGGUAUCGCUCAAGAAUCACAACCCGAGUACAUUCAGCACAACCAAUCGCAAGAGACGUUACAACAUAGAUGGUAACAAAUGGCCAGAUAAAGACAUCAAAUAUUACUACGACAGCAUCGCUGAGGAUAUCACUCCGGACGAGAUGCGAGAUGCUAUCGCGAGAGCCUGGAAAGUAUGGUCUGACGUCACACCUCUGACAUUUACAGAGGUCAAGGUCAAGGAGGAAGCUCAUAUCGUCAUUAAGUUUGCGCGCGGUCUCCAUGGUGACGGGGACUACGCUAAAUUUGACGGACCUGGCGGCACACUUGCCCACGCCUACUUCCCGGAGAACGGAAACGCCCACUUUGACGAGGACGAAAUAUUCUCCGUACAUUCCACAGAGGGAGUAAAUCUCUUCAUCGUAGCAGCCCAUGAGUUCGGUCACAGCAUCGGAUUGGCUCAUUCCAGUGAGUUUGGCGCCCUCAUGUAUCCAUGGUACCAAGGCUACGUGCCUGAGUUUGUGCUGCCAGAAGAUGACAUACUUGGUGUUCAGCAGUUGUACGGCAAGCCUGAUGUACGCCGACCUGAUACCCUAACACUGAGCGAUGGCGGACCCCGUAUCAAACCGGGACGCCCUGAUACAUGUACCAGCAAUUGGGAUGCGGUUACCAUGGGUAACGACGGUCUCACCUAUGCUUUCAAGGGUCGCUAUAUCUGGGCUAUCAAUGAUAUAGCAGUAGAGCCAGGCUACCCUAAGAAGAUUGACGUCACUUACCAUGGUGCCCCCAGCAACAUUCACGCUGCAGUCACCACGGUUCUGUACGGCCAGCAAAAAACAUUUUUGUUCAAAGGGGCUAGAAUGUGGCGAUUUACCGACUUCGUCCUAGACAGUGGUUACCCGAAGAAGACUGCUCCACGCGGCAUACCACAGAGCCCCAAUGCCGCCUUCGUGUGGGGUGGUAAUGGCAAAAUAUACAUAUUCAAGGGAGCUCGAUUCUACGAAUUCAAUCCCAAGCGUGAGAAGGUGAUCAAUGCGCCUCAAAAAAUCCGCACCAAGUGGCCUGGUUUACCGCCCACUCUGGAUGCCGCCCUCCAGUGGCGAAACGGUAAAACUUAUUUCUUCAAAGGUGACAGCUACUGGCGGUUCAACGACGCCAAACUGCAGGUUGUUAGAGACUACCCACGUUCCAAAGCCCUCAACUGGAUGGGUUGUGGGUUACAGGAGGGUGUUGAAAUGCCAGAAAGAUUACAGGAAGGGAUACCGCAGGGGGUGGCUCGUAAUCAAAGACGAGAGCAGGAACACGGUCAAUGAAAAAAAAAAAAAAAAAAAAUCCACACCACACAUAUAGGUUGCCCUCGUGGUACUUUUUUGAUAUGAUAGUGUAUUUUUUUUGUUUUCCUGUGUAUUUUCCAUGAUAAAAUGUAUCGUUAUGUUGUAUAUAAACAGAACAUUAAUGUUUAGCGAAUAAUGGGUGCGUUCGUUUAGCUUCCCUGGGUCGACCCCGGUGUGUGGCGGUUUUUG